UUUGACAACAAGCUGCGUGUAUUUCGGGAGGAUAUUUUGCCCCCUAUAAUCGUCCAACGAUGACUAAAUUACAAUAUCUGAAUGUGUACCUAACUGAGCGUUUGAUGCAAGCUGCGGAGGAGAUACUUGGAGUGGUCGGAGACACGAUCUCCGAGUAUCAGGAAGAAAUAGCCCGGACAAAGAGAGAGAACCAAUACCUGAAACAACACUUGAUCACACCGGUCUUACCGGCUCCUCAGCCCAUUGUCUCUUGGGUCUCGGAGCAGCAAACUCCCCCUGAGCAACAGCGCUGUGAGCAGGAGUGGAGCCCCAGUCUGGGCCAGAGGGACACAGAGCCCACACAGAUUAAAGAGGAACAGGGUGAACUCAGGACCCGUCAGGAGGUAGAGCAGAUUCAAGGGCCGGAGGCUGAUACCAAAGAAGACUCCAUAACCAUUCCUCUCUGUGUGAAAGGUGACUGUGAUCAGGAGCCACCUCAGUCCACACAUCUUCCCCAAACUGUGGAGAACAGAGAGAAGUACUCUCUACUGACCAACACAACUGGACAGAUCAAAACAGAACCUGAUGGAGAGGGCUAUGAAGUAUCACUAUCAGAACCAACCAGUGACUCCCCUCAGUCUCAGCCCCUCUCUGCAGUAAAUCCAGACUGUUCUAGAACACAGAGUGAGAACACUGAAAGUGUUCCGAGAGAUCCAGAAAGGAGACCAGAGGACGACACACAGACACACUCAUGUACUCAGUGUGGAGCCAUGUUCUGUGAGCUUUCCCAACUGGAGGCACACAUGCUAUCCCACACAGAACCACACAGUGGUGACACUAGUCACAGGCAAAUCCUCUGCACAGUCUGUUGGAAGUCAUUCACCUCUACCAGUUACCUCAAGGUCCACCUGUGUUCUCACAAUAAGGAGAAGCCCUUCCACUGUGGUGUGUGUGGCAAGAGUUUCAGCUACUCAGGCAGGUUCAGGGAGCACCAACGCAUCCACACGGGAGAGAGACCGUACCGCUGCCACGUGUGUGCUAAACGCUUCAACCGGUCUGCCCAUCUGAAGACUCACCUGAGGGUCCACACGGGGGAGAAACCCUACUCCUGUCCUGUCUGUGGGAAAGGAUUCAGUCAGUCCAGCCAUAUCAAGGGACACCUCAGAACUCACACCCGAGGGAGGUAGAUGAAAGAUGCCUUUUUUUAUUAGGAUCGCCAUUCUCCGACGCCAAUGGCGACAGCUAAUCUUACUGGGGUCCAACUCAUAACAAAAAAGACAUUACAGACAAAAGAGUUUACACUUAAACAUUAACAUGUCGUGUGUGUGUGUGUGUGUGUGUGUGUGUGUGCACUCAGUUCCACAUACAUGUCAGUACAUACACACAACAAGUAGGUCACAUGGGGGAGAGGCGUUGUGCCGUGAGGUGUUGCUUUAUUUGUUUUUUAAAACCAGGUUUGCUGUUCACUUUCCCUAUAUGAGAUGGAAGGGGGUUCCAUGCAAUCAUGGCUCUGUAUAAUACUGUAAGUUUCCUUGAAUUUGUACUGGACCUGGCGACUGAAAAUAUGUCUGGUGGGGUAAGUGCUGUGUCUAAGUUGAUUAUGCAAACAAUUUGUAAUUUCGAACACAUUGGUGUUUCUUUAUAAAAACGAGAAGCCAUGCAGUCAGUCUUUCUUCAACACUUCGCCAAGAGAGACUAGCAAUGCAUAUUAUUGCUUCGGGGAGGGCGGUGUGUCAAAAAGCAGAGCAUAUUUUUAUCGCGGAGAGACCUCUCCCCAUCUUUACAGCCAUUGAAUCACUAUGUUUUGACCAUGACAAUUUACAAUAUUAAGAUAACACCAAAUACUUUAGUCUGCUCAACAGCCAAACCAUUAAUUACCAGAUUCAGCUGAGGUCUAGAACUUACGGAAUGAUUUGUACCAAAUACAAUGCUCUUAGUUUUAGAGAUUUUCAGGACCAGUUUAUUACUGGCCUCCCAUUCUAAAACUGACCAACUCCUUGUUUAGGGUUGCAGUGAUUUCACUAGCUGUGGCUGCUGGCCCAUAUAGGGUUAAAUCACCAGCAGACAUGGACACAGGCUUUGUUUAAUGACAGUGGCAGGUCAGCUUUCCAUCUAAGUUGUCAAUGCCAGGAGGUUUGUCAUUAUUGAUCGAUAACAAUUGUUCCGCCUCUUCCACACUAACUUUACAAAAUUUAAACUUACAAUGCUUUUCUGUCAUUAUUUUCUUUCAACUGUUCGUGGUUGGCAUUUACUGCCUAUGUUUGCCCUCUUUGCCAAUGCAGUAAUUAUUAAAAUAAUAGGCAACAUUAAAUGGUUUUGUGUUGAAUAAGCGAUCUGAUUUUUAUUUAACCUUUAUUUAACCAGAAAGGGCUCAUUGAGUGUCCUGGCCAAGAUAGGCAGCACCAAGUCUUUACAAAAAUUACAGACAAAACAACAUGAAAGACUACAAGUAAUCUAAUAAAAAUAUAGAAUUCACAGGAGUGUCUUCCUGCCCAUCAUUUAAUUUAAAGUACUCAACUUAUUCUCCAUCAUUAUUUUUAUCAUUGACCUUGUCUUCAUAAGUUUCUUUUAAGUCACAUAAUUUCUCAAAUCUCAAUAAGAGAUGUGCAGCCAGAUUUAUUAACCACUCCUUUUGCCCCAUCUCUUUCAACCAUCGUUCUUCAAUUCCUCAUCAAAUCCUUAGUUCUAACAGUCAGUUUCUUGACAGGUGGCAUGUUUAUCAAUAAUUGGAAGAAGCAAUGUCAUAAAUUCAUUAAGUGCAGCAUCUGGAUGCUUCUUAUUAAUCACAUCAGACCAACAAAUAUUUUUUACUUCUACAUAAGUCACAGCUAAAUAUUAUACACUAUUAAAGGCCCAGCUUUUGGAAUCUUGUCUUUCCUGGAUAUAGCCACUAUAUUGAGAUCACUGCAUUCAAUGGGUACGGAUACAGUUUUGGAACAAAGUGCUACAGUAUUAGUUCUACAUGUGGAUUAUAUAAACUUAUCAAAAAAAGAAACGUCCUCUCACUUUCAACUGCGUUUAUUUUCAGCAAACUUAACGUGUAAAUAUUUCUAUGAACAUAAGAUUCAACAACUGAGACAGGAACUGAACAAGUUCCACCGGCAUGUGACUAACAAAAAUAGAAUAAUGUGUCCCUGAAGAAAGGGGCGGUCAAAAUCAAAAGUAACAGUCAGUAUCUGGUGUGGCCACCAUCUGCAUUAAGUACUGCAGUGUAUCAUCUCCUCAUGGACUGCACCAGAUUUGCCGGUACUUGCAGUGAGAUGUUAACCCACUGAGGAGGGACCCUGGGCAUCUUUCUUUUGGUGUUUUUCAGAGUCAGUGCAAAGGCCUCUUUUGUGUCCUAGGUUUUCAUAACUGUGACCUUAAUUGCCUACCGUCUGUAAGCUGUUACUGUCUUAACGACCAUUCCACAGGGAAACAGUGUUUAAACCCUUUACAAUGAAGAUAUGUGAAGUUAUUUGGAUUUUUACGAAUUAUCUUUGAAAGACAGGGUCCUGAAAAAGGGACAUUUCUUUUUUUGCAGAGUUUGGUUCCUGUAGUGUAAACACCCUGGUGGGUUGAUUUAAUAACCUGAACCAGAUUACAGGCACUGGUUACAGUGAGAAGCUUCCUCUUGAGCAAACAGCUUGAUGGAAACAGUCAAUAUUCAGGUCCCCAAAAAAGUAGACCCCUGUUUAUAUUACAUACACUAUCAAGCAUUUCACACACAUUAUCUAGAUACUGACUGUUAGCACUUGGUGGCCUAUUGCAACACCCUAAAAGAACAAGCUUUGGUUGAGAAAGGUGAACCUGAAGCCACAACACUUCAAUAUCACUUUACAUGAGAUCUUCCCUAAGCAUUAGAGGGAUAUGUUUUUGAAUAUCUAUUUAUAUUGCUACUGCUUUAUCAAAGGAAUUAGCUGAGUGAGUCUCAGAAAUGGCUAAUACAGUGCAUUCAGAAAGUAUUCAGACCCUGUUCCUUUUUCCACAUUUUGUUAUGUUACAGCCUUAUUCUAAAAUGGAUUAAAAAAAAAAAAGGACUCUCAGAGCAUGAGAAAGAAGAUCCUCUGGUCUGAUGAAACCAAGAUUGAACUAUUUGGCCUGAAUGCCAAGUGUCACGUCUGGAGGAAACCUGGCACCAUCCCAACGGUGAAGCAUGAUGGUGGAAGAAUCAUGCCGUGGGGAUGUUUUUCAGUGGCACGGAUGAGGAGACUAGUCAAGAUUGAGGGAAAGAUGAACAGAGCAAAGUACAGAGAAAUCCUUGAUGAAAACCUGCUCCUGAGCGCUCAGAACCUCAGACUGGGGUGAAGGUUCACCUUCCAACAGGACAACGACCCUACACACACAGCCAAGACAACGCAGGAGUGGCUUCGGGACAAGUCCCUGAAUGUCUUUGAGUGUCCCAGCUAGAGCCCGGACUUGAACCAGACCGAACAUCUCUGAAGAGACCUGAAAAUAGCUGUACAGUGACGCUCCCCAUCCAACCUGACAUAGCUUAAGAGGAUCUGCAGAGAAGAAUGGGAGAAACUUUCCAAAUACAGGUGUGCCAAGCUUGUGGCAUCAUACCAAGAAGACUCAAGGCUGUAAUCGCUGCCAAAGGUGCUUCAACAAAGUUAAGUAAAGGAUCUGAACACACAAUUUGAUAUUUCCGUUUUUUCUUUUUAAUACAUUGGCAAAAAUUUCUAAACCUGUCUUUGUUUUGUCAUUGUGGGGUAGGUUGAGGGGGGGGAACGAUUUAAUUUUAGAAUAUGACUAACAUAACAAAAUGUGGAAAAAGUCAAGGGGUCUGAAUACUUUCCGAUUGCUUGGUAAGUGCUUGAAAAUUCACAAAAAGUGAUUAUCUCAUAGAACAAAAUGUAUAAGAUCUCCUUCUCCUUUGCCUGUAUUUAUCACAGACCUUAUUUUUUCGGCAUUUCUCCUUUUCCUGGGUAGCUUAUCAGAGAAAGCCUUGGAGUGGAAAGAGCCCACAAGGGAAUAGACAGAGCCUUCUGUUCUCAAAGCACCUAGCUUUUGGAAAGAGGAAGAUAGACAUACCUUCUCUUCAGUGCUACUAAUUCUACAUAGAAUUUUAAGACUAGAGGACUAUAGAAGGUAUGAUGUUUUGCAGACUGUAACUAAGGAACCUCAUUUCUGCAUUGAGUUAAGAGAGCUUCUUUAAUACAAUGCUAUGAAAAGACUUGAACGCAUCCACUCGUUAGAGAGAAAUAUAAUGUUAAUUUGUUAGAUUUGCAAUUUUUUAUUGUUGAUGAUUUCAAUAGGAGCUUGUUGGUCUCCUUGCAAAUAAACAAUCUCUCUGUCAUAUUGAUUAAGUCGGCCAAUGUGUGGGAACAUUUUAUUUCUGAAUGUCUGUUUCUGAAGAAAAACAAUACUGUCACAUCAGAUCAAUGUUCUAGUGAUCAGUGGGACUGUUGCAGACAACCUAUCCUCACCAAUGUUGUUGUAAAACCAUGUUUGAACACUAGAUGGUAUACUUUAAUUAUUUCUCCUCCACAAAAGUGUUACACAAGCUAGUUUUCCACCCUAUUGGCGAUAGAUUUUCUGCAUAAAACUGUGUGCGUUUUCCCACAAGAUGUGUUCCCGUCAAAUUGACUUGUGCAUAAAAGGCUGUAUGUGAUGACAGUGCACAUGAAAAUAUUCACAUAUACCAAAUAAAAAAACAGUUCAAUGGUUUGCAUCGCAUUUAACUAUGAUUAUUAUAAUAUCAAUAUUUGCGCAUAAAAUAAUUAAAGCCAUU